AUGACUGUUCCUACGAAGCCAGCUAACACAGGCCGCAAUAAUGGAGGCCGCGACAGGAAUCGGAGGUUCUGGAGGAAAGGUCCACGGAACGGUUCGCGGAAAGCGCCCGAGGGACUGCGGGACUCCGGCGGCGACUCCGGCGGCGACUCCCAGCCGAGUCUGGAGAUGUUCCGGGCUUUCCGAGUCGAAAUGGACGAACGCAACGCCCGCUGCCGUCGUCUUCUGAAGCUCGGAUAUGACGUCAGCAGAGAGUGCAGACGCAUCGUUAAUCUGCUGAAUUGUCCCGUGAGUGCCGACGAGCGGGAGAAGGUUCUCGAGAAGGUCCACCGCCGAUUGAGCGAGCUGAGCGAUUUGGAGCUCCGAGGCAUGGCUGCCGAACUGAAGGGCCAGGACUACUACCAGUACCUGAGGGUGUUCACUGUGGGUCUUCAAGGGUACGUGAAGGCGGUGUCCUUCUUUCGCUACCUAAAAGAUGACUGCCUGGUGACGUUGGACGAGAUCAACAGUGCUCUGAUUUUUGAGACGCAAGCUGAGGAACCGGAAAGCGAAAGAGCCCUUCGCACUGAUUCCACCGGGGAGAUGUCACCCGCCAAGUCGACUGAAGGUGGCGGCUACUUCUCGCUGGAGGUCACUCUCAUCGACUACUUGCACGGCGUCGCAGACAUGGCCCUAGAGCUGAAGCGCAUGUCGGUGUCCGCGCUGGGACGUGGCGACCGGGAGACACCGCGCGAAAUGUGCCGGUUCCUUCGAGACCUGUACACCGGGUUCAUCUUCUGCAACUUCCUGCCCUGUCAGAGCUCGUGGCCAAGCCGCGACCCUGGCAACAGGACGUGGGAUCUGCGCCAGAACGUGGUCGAAGUCGAGAAGGCCUGCUAUGCCGCCAUGCUUCACGGCCCCUCUGGUGGGGGGACCCAGGACGCCGAGGUAGCGGCUGUUCUCGCCCUGAUGGAAGACCUCGCGGUGGUCGACGGGGAACACCUCGUGGAAGUCGAGGGGGAAGACCUCGGGGAGGUCGAGGUGGAAAACCUCGUAGAAGCUUGA